AUGCAGCGGAACAGCAAAUCAUUUGACGUUCCACCUUUGGAGCCAAAAAUUGAACAAGUGGUACCACCAAAAAAAAAUAAAUUCUCAGUUUUCAAAGGACUUAUUUUUGCCAUGUUAUCGGGCGUGUUUUACUCAUCAGCUGCUGUUAUAGUCAAACAGAUGAAAAGCUUACAUCCUGGCCAGCUAGCAGUUUACCGUUUCGUGGCAAUCCUCGCAAUAUCUCUACCAGAAGCUGUCAAAUGCCGUAAAGAACUUUUUGGUCCAAAAGAUUAUCGUUUCCUUCUCGUUCUUAGAGGCAUAUUCGGUGCAACGAAUCUUUUCCUCAAUUUUCUAGCCUUCCGAUACUUACCUUUAGGUGAGGCAGCUGUAAUUAUAUUCAGUGUUCCUGUUUUUGUCACUGUGGCUGCGAGAAUCUUUCUAAAGGAACCUUGUGGAAUGUUCCAGUCCAUAACAGUCGUCCUCACAGUAAUUGGUAUAAUAUUCACCGCCAAAAUACCAUCUCGUCUUUCAAGCAAUCCCGUUGUGUACUCAAAAGAGUUUAUCUACGGCAUCAUCGCAGCAGUUGCUUCACUUCUCUUCAGCACUUGCAGAUUCAUUGUCCUUCGUAAAGUUAAAAGUGUUCAUCAUGCCAUUAUAAUGUUCAACUUCGGAUGGGUGGCUGUUAUAGAAACUGCCUCGCUUACAGCUCUCAUUGGAACUUUCCAGUGGCACGAAUGUGGUUUGCAAGGUCUGUUUAUCAUUCUUCUUGGUCUAUUCAGCUAUGCAGGGCAGACUUUAUUGACUAUGGCCUUACAGUGCGAAUUAGCAGGUCCAGUAUCUACCAUGAGAGCUGCUUCUGACAUAGUUUUGGCAUUCCUCUGGCAGACGUUCCUAUUUCAUGACAUUCCUGAUAUUUUCAGUAUUGUUGGUGCUGUUCUAGUUGGAUUUUCAGUUGUCUUUGUUGGGUUAAAGAAAUGGGUAUCCUCUUUACCCGAAGGUUCUUCGAAGCUUAAAUAUUUAAAGUGGAUGACUAAGUAA